UUCUUAUAUAUACAUUGAGAACCUUGAUAGAGUUUUUUCACUUACCAAAAAAAGUAACUUAGUAGGGUUUUUCGCUUAACUCACUCACUAUACUCUCAAACCCUAAUCCCAAAUUCUCAAAUGACACCAAAGAAACGCCCCACUUCUCCUCCUCUCGAGGAUGAUCAGAAACCUUCAACCCAAAAGCAACCAGAAGACAAAGUAGCUCACAAAGAAGAAGAAGAAGAUGAAGAUGAUUCAUCCGAAGAAGAAGAAGAAGAAGAAGGUUCAUCAUCUGAAGAAGAAGAAGAAGAAGAAAAAGAAAAAGAUCAAUCUCAAACCGCUUCCAAAAACCCUCCACCUUCUACUCCUAUCUCAAACCCUAAACCGGCUUCUGAAUCUGAAUCCGAAUCUGGAUCAGAAUCCGGUUCUGACUCUGGAUCCGGAUCCGAAUCCGAAACUGAUUCCCAACCGGAACCAACUCUACCUCUUAACCCCAAAGUUGUUAAACCACUCGCUUCCAAGCCAAUGAAGGCCCAACCAAAGGCCCAAACCCAGGCCCAAACAUAUUCUAUACUAGCCAGAUCUGGAACUAAACGUGCAGCUGAAAACGGAAAUGACUCAAACCGUUCAAAGAAGAAAACAACCGAUGUUGCCGUCACCGUCACCACCGGUGGUGAUUCCGACGACGAUAAUGAGAAUGAAACUGAGGAAGACGUGAAAUUGACUGGUGAAGACUCAAAGAAGAGUACUCAGAGACUUUUCAGCGAACAAGAUGAGCUUACUAUUCUCAAAGGACUCGCUGAUUUCAUUUCCAAAACUAAAAAGGAUCCGUUGAAGGACGCAUUGGCAUUUCAUGGUUUCGUGAAGAAAUCGCUUAGCGCUGAAGCUAGCAGCGCACAAUUGAAGCGGAAGGUUCGUACAUUGAAGAAGAAGUUUGAAACUAGUGACAGUUUCACUAAACCACAUGAUAAGAAAGCAUUCGAGCUUUUCAAGAAGGUUUGGGGUAAUACUGGUGCAAAUGAAGCUGAAGAAAAUGGAAAAGUUAAUGGGAAAAGUGUUAAGAAAGAAUUAGUUAUAUCUACUAAGAAGGAAGCUGCAAAAGUGAAAACUGUUGUUGAUAAUAGUUUGAUUGUGAGUGAACUGAUUCGUUUUGGUGUUGUUGCUGGUUCGUCUGUUUUGAAUAAGGAUUCUUUGGAAAGGGGGUUGGAAUUGAUCGAGGAAUCGAAGAGAGUUGAAUUUGUGGAAAAGUGGAAGCAGGUUCAAAUUGCUGAAAUGGAGUUGCUUGUGAGACGUUCACAGCUGGCUAAGGAACAAUUUAACUUGUUAUUGCAGGCACUCAAGAAAUCAAGCAAGUAGGAGUUUCCUUAUUAGGUAUAGUUUUGUGGUUAAUGUGGUCUUGUUUUGGAACUGUUAUCCGUUUAUUAAUGUAGCAAUUUUGAAUCUAUCUUAUGGUCUUUUAGGUUGACAUUUGAUAACAACUGUGAAUCUGUGAUGUUUUGAUUAUUGGCUACAUGAAAAUGAAAUUAUUAUGGUUUAGGAA